AUGAACAGGCAAAGCUACAGCGGGAGAGCAGGAGGGGGGGGCAGGUCCUACAGCACCGCCUCGGCCAUCGUCCCGAGUGGCAGCAGGGCUGGCUUCAGCUCCAUGACUGUGGCUCGGGCUGGAGGAGGUGGAGGUGGUUUUGGAAGGCUGAUUGGAGGAGCAGGAGGAGGCUUUGGCAGCAGGAGCCUCUACAACCUUGGCGGCAGCAAGAGGAUUUCCAUUGGCGUGGGAAGCAGCUUCCGCUCGGCCUUUGGGAGCGGAGCUGGCUCCGGGCUGGGAGCUGCUGCUGGUGGCUGUGGGACUGGGGGGGGGGGAGCUGCUGGCAGCCUUGGGCUUGCGCUUGGCAGUGGCGGUGGAGGUGGAGGUGGCCUCGGCUUCGGUGGAGGCUCUGCGGGGCUUGGCCUGGGCGCUGGCCCCGGAGGCUUUGGCUUCGGCGGAGGUGCCGUGGGGCUGGGAGGCUUCGGCGGAGGGCUCAGUGCCCUCCGGAGCCCGGCAGGGUUUGGGGGCAGCCCACAUGGGGUCGGCACCAUCCAAGAGGUGACCAUCAACCAGAGCCUCCUGGCACCGCUGAACCUGGAGAUAGACCCAAGCAUCCAGCAGGUGCGGAAGGAUGAGAAGGAGCAGAUCAAGAGCCUCAACAACAAGUUUGCUUCUUUCAUCGACAAGGUUCGCUUCCUGGAGCAGCAGAACAAAGUGCUGGAGACCAAAUGGACUCUGCUGCAGGAGCAGGGCCAAAAGAGCAACUCAGGCAAGAACAACCUCGACCCCCUCUUCGAGGCUUACAUCAGCAACCUGAGGAGGCAGUUGGGCAACCUGCUCAAUGAGAGGGGCCGCAUGGACGGGGAGCUGAAGAGCAUGCAGGACCUGGUGGAGGACUUCAAGAACAAGUACGAGGAGGAAAUCAAUCGGCGCACGGCAGCGGAGAAUGAAUUUGUGGUGCUGAAGAAGGAUGUGGAUGCUGCCUACAUGAAUAAGGUGGAGCUGGAGGCCAAGGUGGAUGCCCUGACCGAUGAGCUCAGCUUCCUCCGAGCCCUCUACGACGCGGAGCUGGCUCAGCUCAGUGCUCAGGUGUCAGACACUGCUGUCAUCCUGUCCAUGGACAACAACAGGGACCUGGACCUCAGCAGCAUCAUCGCAGAAGUCAAAGCCCAGUACGAGGACAUCGCCAACAGGAGCAGGGCCGAGGCAGAGGCUUGGUACCAGACCAAGUUUGAGGAGCUGCAGGCCACGGCAGGCAGGCACGGCGACGACCUGCGCAACACCAAGGGGGAGAUCUCGGAGCUGAACCGCCUGAUCCAGAGGAUCCGCUCGGAGAUCGAGAACGCCAGGAACCAGUGUGCCACCCUGCAGACAGCCAUCAGCGACUCGGAGGAGCGCGGGGAGCUGGCCCUCAAGGAUGCCAAGGCGAAGAUGAUCGAGCUGGAGGAUGCCCUGCAGAAAGCCAAAGCUGACAUGGCCAGGCAGCUGCGGGAGUACCAGGAGCUGAUGAACGUCAAACUGGCUCUGGACAUCGAGAUUGCCACCUACAGGAAGCUGCUGGAGGGCGAGGAGAGCAGGCUGAGUGGAGAGGGACUCAACCCCAUCAGCUACUCUGUCAUCAGCUCCAGCUCGGGCAUGGCUGGUGGAGGUGGCAUAGGAGGAGGAUUUGGAGGACUGAGUCUAAGUGGAGGAGGUGGUGGAAGUGGUUUUGGUCUCGGAGGAGGUGGUGGAAGUGGAUUCAGUCUUGGAGGAGGUGGAAGUGGCUUUGGUCUUGGAGGAGGCAGCAGUGGUGGAGGCUACAGCCUUGGAAGUGGAGGAGGACUUGGACUCGGGGGUGGGGGUGGUCUUGGAGGUGGAUUUGGAGGAGGCAGUGGUCUUGGCACUGGAAGUGGUCUCAGCUAUGGGGCAGGUGGUGGCAGCAGCCUGAGCACCAGCGGAGGGAAUUUCAGCUCUGGAAGCGCCAAAGGCACCAACCCAGGUGUGAAAAUUGUCUCCAAAACCUCCUCCAGCAAAAAGAGCAUCAAAAGCCAAAGCCUGAAGAGCGCUGCACAGCCUGAAUAA